AUGCAGCACAAUGAUUAAAGUUUAUGGUAAUUUAACUACAUUGUAUCAAGCGCAAAAAAAUCAUAUUUUUUGGAACUGUCUAUAACCAAAACUAUUAAUGCAUAUCUGAUCAUAACCAUAAACUAGCAGUACAAAUGUUACAUAAUUGAAUAGGAAACACAAAAACAGAAAAAAGUUUUGAAUGCUAGAGCAUAGAGUUUAUAGCUGAUAACAACAAGUAUUAAUGGUGACAUUAUGUAUAGAUAGCUGGCUCCAUCUUACAGAUUAGUAAUUAAAAGAUACAUCUUGGAGGUCAUGACAAUUAUAUUUAAACAAGAUUUAAAUUUUAGAGAGGAACAGAAAUUAAUAAAAAUCUGGAAAGUGUCACUAACAAGAGUGAAGCAAGAAAUUACACAUAAGUUGCACGAAGAAUAAGCUAAAUAGAUGCCUAAAUGUAAUCAGAAAUAAGCACCAAUAUCAUAAUAUUUUAAGUGA